GUUAGACCAGCUCCCCGCGGAAAAAGAAGAAGGCCGGCGGUGGUGCCGUUUGGAAGCCUUCCUAGAGAGCUCCCAAGCUCAAGCUCGCAGCCCUGCUAGUCUCUCUGCGGAGAUUGUUUCACCCGACUGCAGCUUCGGCCUGCGCGUGGCGCUGCGGAAGGUGGACUUGGAGCUCUUGAGCCGCAAGGUGCUGAACUACGGGGUGCUGAUGAACACCCUGACCCUUCUUCAGCUCCGCAGCUUCCUGUCCCAAAUGCGGCACCACGAGGAGGAGCAUGCCACUGUGGCAAAGCUCUCCGCGCUGGGUAUCGCUAUGCAGGCGUUGAUGGAUGCCUACGACUCGUUCCUCCACCUGAGUGUAGCCGCACCAGUGCAGGUCUUGAACACCUACAGCUUUGCGGUGGUGUCCAUGCUGAAGUUUUCGCUCUUCGCCUUGGUGGAGGUUCGAUACCUCCUCCUGAUAUGGAGGCAUCAGAACCAGCACAUGUUCUCGGAAGGCUGGGAGGCGGUGCGGCAGGAACUGUCGCGGGUCUACGCGCAGUUCUACGGUGCCCUAGUGGGCGGUCUGGUGUUGAUCUUCGUGGCCUCGGACUACAUGGACUUCGUGGCGCUGCUCAUGCAGGCCUACUGGGUGCCACAGAUCAUCUACGAUGUCCGGCAGGGCUCCAAGAACUCCUUCACGCGUAGCUUCAUCCUCAGCAUCGCCACGACCCGCAGCCUGCAGUUCCUCUACCUCUGGGGAUGUCCAGCAGGCAUCUUCGACGGGGAGAUCUAUCCGAAGCUCCCGGGCGCUCCAUCGCUGACUCUGUGCGGCGCCGCCAUGACUUUGCAGCUGCUGCAGGUGGCGCUCAUGAUCUCACAGCAGCGACUGGGGCCAAGGUGGUUUGUGCCGUGGCCCUGCCUGCCGCACGUCUACAACUACCGCGGAAGCCGCGGGCAGGCGCCGGCAGGCGCCGAGUGCGUGAUUUGCAUGCUGGAGAUCGGGGCAGAGGAUGGCACGAGUGUGACCACCCCCUGCGAGCAUCGCUUCCACGAGGCUUGCUUGGAAAGGUGGAUGGACGUGAAAAUGGAGUGCCCCACCUGCCGACGGCCGCUGCCUCCAAUGUGA